ACUGACGUGUUGGAACGAAAGUCUGCAUGAAGCCUCGAACGCCAAUGCCAUGUCGGAAAAAAAAAAUGCUGACGAGCCGAGCGAUUGGUGCAACUCUCACAAUCACAGAUCUUGUUCCAUCAACAACAAUCUAAGCAACAAAUCAUGAUAACUCCAGCACUUCUCAGCAUCCUUCUCCUGAUAGCCGCUUAUCUGAAGCAGGGGUUUGCGCUUUCCACCGAAUCACUCCGCACUCCUCCUCUUGCAACAAAGCCACAACCUGGGACAGUAGUAGUGGUUGGAGGAGGUUUCAUUGGAUCUUCGUUUUGUGCUGUCUACCUGGCAAGCGGGAAACGUGUGGUCUGUAGUGACCCCUUUGUAUCCGAAGCAGAUCUGAAGAAGCGAAUCGAGACAGUCUGGCCCACCGUAAGAGCUCGCGGCAUUGGAGGCAAAAUUGAUUCCUGCCCCAAAAGCCCUCCUUGUGAGAGAUUGAGCUUUGAAAGUAGCGUGGAGACAGCAUUGAGGGAAAAUCCUACACAGUUUGUACAAGAAUGUACAAUAGAGGACAUUGAGAGUAAGCAAGAAGUGUUGGCCCGAUUGGAUGAGCUCUUGGCCGAUCAACCGUCGACGAUCAUUUCCAGCAGUACCUCUUACAUCCCUCAUGAGCUCUUGAUCACAAAAUGCAAACAUCACAAGGAUCGAGUAUUGGUCGGGCAUCCAACAAUCCCUUAUUUGGAUUCCUUCUUGGAAAUCUAUGGAACGUCUCAAGCUCAUGUCAACGCCGCACAAGCUUGGUAUUCUCAAGCUGGAUUUGAAGCGGUCGUCAUGAAAAAGACCAUUCCAGGACAUCUCUUCAACUCAUUCCUUACCAUGAACAUGCGCCAUGGCAACAAGUUAGUCAAGGACGGAGUUUGUACGCCCCAAGACGUGAAUGUUGUCUUGCGGCAUCUUGGUCGCUUCAUGUACGCUCGUCAUGGCUAUCUGAGCUUGUUGUCCACCAUCGGUGGGGAUCGCGGCCUCAAGGGAGGCAUGGACUUGUCCGCCAAAAUCAAAAUGAGCGCCAUUUCGAUUGUCUUUUAUUCCUUACUGAAGAAAGUGCAUUUCUUCUUCAAGGGCUCUUGGGUGCGGCGGAUUGCGGAUUUUAUGGCCAAGAAAUUGCAGGAUAAGGUCGAACCACCACCCGCACAAGAGUGGAUUGAAGCUUGUGGGGAGUUUGAAGCACAGGUGACCAAGAAUGGCACACUUUCAGUUCCCACUGGAUUGUUUCAGGCUUGCGAGCCAAUGUUUCAGAGGACACCAUAUGAAGUUGGGAAUGAUCCUUUUGCCAUUGAAGGCCCCAGUGACAAAAAAUGAAGCCUUGAAUCCUCUCUCGCAUUUUGUCAUGUAUUCACAUCCUCAUUUUAGAAAACCAUUUUAGAAAACCAUUUUAGAAAACCUAGCUACUAGAAUUCAGAAGAAGCCUGUCU